ACACACACACACACACACACACACAACCCAAUACAUAAUCUCCUGGCAGAGAAAAUAAGUAUGGUAAUUCAAGCAGUAGAGGCUGAGAUAUCAUGACUUCAAGUCCUCAGUAUGGGUCGAGCUCCAAAAAACGCUGAAUCCUACUUUUCCCAUAAUGUAACCAAUACUGUAGCAUCUCUUUGUUGGACCUCCCCUACCGUGUUAAUGGUCACGCCUUCAAAACCCCAUAGCUCCAGUUUGUAAGGCUUUUUGUUAUAAUUAUGAACUCUAUAAAAGUGUACAGCCUGUUGUGCUGCCUGUGGUUAUGUAGGUGACCCCUACAAAAGACCAGGACAGUGUAACACGGCAGUCCAAUGAUGGAUAAUGCGGCAAACUGUCUGUGUUUUCAUGGUGUAGCGGUAUGACCAGGAGCUGUUCAAGCUGGCGUUACCAUGUCUCAGUGCUGUGGCUGGAGCUCUGCCUCCAGACUACAUGGAGUCCAACUACAUGGCCAUAAUGGAGAAACAGUCGUCCAUGGACUCAGAAGGAAACUUCACUCCCCAGCCUGCAGACACUACCACUGUGACCGUCCCAGAGAAACUAGACUAUUUCUUAACCAGAUAUGCAGAGCACAACCAUGAGAAGUGGUGUAUAGAAAAGUUUUCCAAUGGUUGGUCAUAUGGGGAACAGAUAUGUGAAAUCUCCAAGAGCCACCCUUUACUGAAACCAUACAAAGGCCUCUCUGAGAAGUUGGUUGUAAUCUUGCAGGAUAAGGAGGCGUAUUGCUGGCCGGUCAGAGAGUCUCUGAAGACCAUGCUGUCGUGGGGCUGGAGCAUCGACAGGAUCAGAGAGGGCGACCCUGCCGGCCUCCACAACAAGUCCAGGAGGAUAUCACAGGCCAGCCAGCUGUCUUUUGAAGGAGCUCCAGCUUUCAGCCCCAGACCCAUCGAUAUGAGCAACGUUACACUGUCCAGAGACAUGCAGUCGAUGGCAGAGCUGCUUGCAGAGAAUUAUCAUAAUAUCUGGGCCAGGAAAACGAAAAUGGAGCUGGAAGCCAAAGGUGGAGGAAACCAUCCUCUGCUGGUUCCCUACGAUACACUGACUGCCAAAGAGAAAUCCAAAGACAGAGAAAAAGCACAAGACAUCCUCAAGUUCCUCCAGAUCAACGGUUACACUGUGUCCAGGUAGGAAGCAGGCUUUACACUUUGAACACAGGUUGAGCGGUUGAAUAUCAGUAUGAGGUUUGAGAUUAGCCUGAUGACAUAUGUCAUAUGUCAUAUGUGUGUGCGUAACAGUGGGUAUUGUUAGCGCUGUUAGCACUGUUAGCUACGAGCCGCAGGCUAGGUGAGAGCCUUUGACAGUCAUUCUAAAUGCUCCCAAUCUCGUAUCUUGCACCUUUUAAGCAAAAUUAAAAGAAAUGGUUGAUGAAUCAACCAGGUGUGUAAUAUAGUGUCUAUCCUUGCAUUCCUCAGAUUCCUUUUGUUUUUAUAAACAAUCUUAAAUCCUUAAUGUUAUUAGGCUAAGCUUAGGCAUACCGGUGCAUCCAAUAGGCUAUAUGUGUCAGGCCUCGCCCUAGACACAUAGAAAACAUCAGCAAGAACUGGAGCUGUUUUUCACACUACAGUAUAUCCCUAACUCUGAUGAAUAAGGAUGAGGUUGAAAAUGGGCAAAAGACAGCUUUACAUUUGUUGAAAGGUUUGUUUUCACCUUUGACAGAGCUAAGCUAGCAGUAUCCCCCUACUUCCAGUAUGCGUGUAUCCUCUCAUAUGAAAAAUCUGUGUAUUUCCCAAGAUGGCAGAUCAUUCCUUUAAGAGUGUGUGUGUGUGUGUGUGUGUGUGUGUGUGUGUGUGUGUG